CCCGUGACUCGCCGGCACAGGAAUUCAGGGUGCCGGGACGGGGCCCCGCGGGAGCAGCCGCUGCGGCUGCUCCGGGGUCCGCCGAGGUCGCCAGCACCGCGACGGAGCAUCCCGCGGCCCCCUCCCUCCGAGCCCCUUCCCGGAGCCCGCGGCGCCUUCGGGAAGGCUCCCGGCGAGCCUCCUCCGCGCGCAGCCCGUGGGCCGGGGAGACAAGAUGGGCCCAGCCCCGGCACCAGCAACCGGAGCAACUGGUUUAGCCGGGGAGCAAGGGAGCCGCGGAGGCUGGAAGCUGCUCCAAGGAGUGUGCAACCUCGCUGGCACGUCCCCCGCUGCUCCCGGUUUGGCAAGAGCUCGUCCGGGGCACCGCCAGCGUGGACAUGUCGGGCGUGCUUCCCCCGCGGCGGCGCGCCCCGGGAAGCUCCGGUCGGAGGCCGGUGCAACGCGGCCGGCCAGCGCUCGCCUUCGCUGGAAGGGGCUUUUGCACCGCACGGAGGAGCCGCAGGGACGCGGGACGCACGGACACGCGCACCCGCGGCGCGAGCGCGGCUGGGCGCACGCCCCGAGCGGAGCCCGCUCCCCUCCGCUGCUUGCAAAACCUCGCGGGCUGCACGACGGCUGGGGGGGGCAGCGGGGCCGGCAGGACCCCCAGCGCCUCCCCCCUCCCCUCCAUCCCCGCGUUCGCCUUCGGAAACGGCGGGAUCUCUCCCGUUCGCCCCCAUUGCACAACCGUGGGGACAGGAAGCCGGCCACCGCACGCAUGGUGGAAAGAGGAGGCGGGACGGACGGAGCAGGAUAUAAUUAGCUCCGAACGCGGAUCGGAAUCUGGGAUAAAGAUUCCGGCACCACCCGGCUGUUGUGAAAAGGCGAGGGCCCCGGCGCCCGAUCCCGAUCCCGAUCCCGGCGUGGGCAGCACCCGCCCGGCCCCCCGGGGCGCCGGGGCGCGGGACCCGCUCCGGGGCCCUUCCCGCGGGGACGCUGGCCCGUAACGAGAGCCGGGAUUAUCGGCCCUGCCGAUGCCAGACGGGGAAUCCGGUUUCUUGGCCCUCGCGGUUGCUGCAGCAACCUUUCCUGCAGGGAUAGUUGGGCUUUUUUUUUAAUUUAACAAAAGGCCUUUCUGCGCGCGGGGGCCGGGCGGCCCCGAGGGGCUGGGGCUGCGUCACCCGAUAGCCCCCGCCAGCCCCCCCCCGGCCGCGGCCGGCUCCGAGGACACCGGAUACCCCAGGUGCCGGCGGCGACGGGGGCCGGCGGACGGGGGAUCCCCGCCGGGCGCCGCGGGGGUCCGACCCAUCCGGCGAAGCCGGCUGGCGGGGGGGCAUCCAGGCUGCCCCCCGCGGCGUGCACGCACGGAUGGGCCCCCCCCCCAACCCGCACCCAGCUCCUCGCUCCCGGCAGCACCCGGCUGCUCCCGAUUCGGGCGCGGGGCGCAACUAGGGACGGAGGUUUAGCAGCGGGGUGGGGGGGGGACACGGAGCUCCCGGCGUCCGUGCCGCCAGAUCCGCGGGGUGCAAACGCCGCCGGGGCCGGAGCGGGCGCCCCGUGCGCCGGCCCCCGCAGCGCUGGCGCGGAGCACCCCGGCGGUGCCAGCCGGGCUGCCCAGCCGCGGCCAUCGGAUCCUCCCGGAGGGAGGGGGCUUGGAGCUUAUUUAAGGUGGCCGGGCGGCCCCGGGCGGGCGCACUCGGAGCCAUGGCGUCGCAGCUGGAGGGGGCCAUGGAGACGCUCAUCAACGUCUUCCACCACUACUCGGGCAAGGAGGGCGACAAGUACAAGCUGAGCAAGAAGGAGCUCAAGGAGCUGCUGCAGAGCGAGCUGGGCUGCUUCCUGGAGACCCAGAAGGACGCGGGCGCCGUGGAGAAGAUCAUGCAGGACCUGGACGAGAACGGCGACGGCGAGGUGGAUUUCCAGGAGUACGUGGUGCUGGUGGCCGCCCUCACCGUCGCCUGCAACACCUUCUUCUGGGAGAACGCCUGAGCCGCGCCGGCUCCCGCCGUCCGGCCGUCCGGCACCCCGAAAAGCGGAGCCGCCACCCCCUCCCCCCCCCGCGCCCCCUCGUUCCCGGAGCAUCCCACUGGCAUCCGGCUCCGCAAUAAAGGCAGCGACCCAGC